GUCGCGGGGAGCGGCGGGGAGCGGCGCGGAGCUUCCCCCGACGGCGGCCGAGGAGGAGGAAGAGGCGGCGGAGGAAGAAGGAGAAGAAGAGGAAGAAGAGGAAGGCAGCAUCACGGAAUGACAUGACGGCCCCACUCGGCCUCCCCCCUCGCUGGCCCGACGGCCUAGCUUGUCGCUGCGAGGAAAACCCCCGCGAGAAAAAUCGGAUGGAAGGGUUGGGACACUGCCGGGAGAUGCUCACCCCCCACGCCGGACUCGCUUGCCCACCGCCCCACCUCAUCCCCCCCCCCCCACCACCGCCACCAGCACCCCAGGGAGCUCCGUAUGCCGAGCUGACCACCGCCGAACCCCCCCGGCAGUGUCCGUCGGGGGCGGCUUCCAGCGCGGCUCUGGGUUACGGUUACCCCUUCGGGGGGGGUUACUACGGCUGUCGGUUGUCCCACUCCCACGGAGUCAACCUGCAGCAGAAACCCUGCGCUUAUCACCCCGCGGAGAAGUACCCCGAGGCCGGCGGACCCCUGCCCGCUGAGGAGCUGCCGUCGAGGGCCAAAGAAUUUGCCUUUUAUCCCGGUUUUCCCAGCUCCUACCAAGCGGUCCCGGGUUAUUUGGACGUGUCGGUUGUCCCGGGGCUUGGUCCUCACCCGGAACCAAGACACGACGCUUUGCUUCCCAUGGAAGGUUACCAACACUGGGCUCUUUCCAAUGGAUGGGAUGGGCAAGUGUAUUGCUCCAAAGAGCAAUCCCAGUCCGCACACCUCUGGAAAUCACCUUUCCCAGACGUGGUCCCUUUGCAACCCGAAGUCAGCAGCUACCGAAGAGGACGGAAAAAAAGGGUCCCUUACACCAAAAUCCAGCUGAAGGAGUUGGAGAAGGAGUAUGCGGCCAGCAAAUUCAUCACCAAAGAGAAGCGGAGGAGGAUUUCAGCCACCACCAACCUGUCCGAACGUCAAGUGACUAUCUGGUUCCAGAACCGGAGGGUCAAGGAGAAGAAAGUGGUGAGCAAAUCCAAGACAGCCCAUCUCCACGCCACCUGACAGAGGAUGACUUCGGAGGAAGAAGAGGAAGAGGAGGAAAGGGGCAAGGAAUUAAAACACAGAAACAAAAAGAAAGAAAAGAGAACACAAAAAAAAAAGGAGGAGGAAGAGAGGAGAAGCUUAAAUAUUUAUCUGGUAGUUUGUAUGAUAAACGUCAUCGGGGACCCUGCUGAUCACAAGUCAUUAUUUAAAGAGGAAAUAAUAUUAAUUAAUAUUAAUAAUAAUAAUUAAUAAUAAGCGACAUUCACGCUUCAUGCCCACCUACCCCCACCCUCCCCACCGCCACACCUAAAAACCCACCCAGCGCAUCUUUGAUUCUUCUCCCCCCCCCCCAACCCCGACACCCUGCUCUGACUGUGAACACUCCCCCACACCCACCCCUGAUUUUGCUCUGAGGAAUCCAUCGAUAAGGUUCAACUGUGUAUAUUUUUAAGAGAAAAUAAUAAUGGUGAUUAUAAUAAUAUUAAUAAUUAAUAAGCUGAGAGUGUAGCCGUGCUAAAGGAGAGAUGGACUCUGAAUGUCGCCCCACACACGCCCCCACGCCCUUCGUCUUGCUGUAUAUUCUGACCACCUCCCACCCACCCUUUCCUCCCAGUCCUACAUACCUCGGGGCCAUUUCACCCACCCACGCGUAGAUGUUGUUUGGAGAACCCACGGCAAAGUGGCAUCACCUUCGUGGAAAGAAACCCAGCGCUGGCUGUGGCUCCAGCAUCCCAACCACUGUUUUUUUUUAAGCUCCAAAGUGGAAACGAAUCGCUGAAGGAGGUGAUUUUGGGGAAGGGGUGGGGGAGGUGGGGGGGAGGUGUAUGUGUGCCUGUGUGGUUCUCCCCAGGAUUUCCUUGAUCUCUGCCACAAACCUGGAAUCUCUCCGCUGGCAAGAUGCGGGGCGGGGGAAAUGCACAAAUAUUGUCUUUGGGCUUUUCUUUCCCUCUCGGAAGAGGUUAAGGAUCGAAGCUGUUGUCCGGAGGUGUAAAAAAAAAGAAAAAAAAGACUCAAAUAUUUUUCUUUUAUUUUUCAUUUUUUCCCCUCUUUUUUUCCCCAGUUGUCUUGUACCUGUAGAUAAAAUUGUGGUGUCCAGCUGGAAUGUACCGACUGCAGAUGACAUUUCCCAAAUAAAUACUUUUUUUUUUCCUUU